CUUCCGAUCCUCGUCCUACGUCAUCGCUCGAAUGUCGAUUUCCCAGAAAUCAGAUUAACACCGAUUCUCAUAUUUCUGAUGUUUUGUCUCUAAAAUCCGAAAUUUAAUAUCGUUGUCGUACCGUUGACCCGUCGUCCGGCAAACGGACAUGUUAAUUAUACCUUCAGGUUAAUAACAAACGGUCGAGGUUGUUACUUCAGUCCUCAUUACCGGCGGAAAGGAGCGAGGUUCAGUUAUCAAAAAAAGUAAACAGGACAGACCAAGUGUUUUAAAAACAAACAAGUCUUGGGGUAUAUAUACAUAUAAGCCCUGUAAUAUAUAAGUAACAACAUCAAUAAUAGCUGUAAUAACUACAGUGAAGGGCGAUAGAGCUUCAGUAAUAACGACGACCAGCAAGAAAUACACCUCAGUAGUGGUGGACAUCUACUUGUGGCAAACAUUGAUAAAAUUUAAACAACACCAACUUCGGGGACUUUAUUUUGGAUUUGGAUUAACAACGAGUUUCCAGCACCACAGUUUGUUCGAAUGGAUGAUGUUAAUUUGAAUAACUGCCUCCAGAAUCAGAACUGGGAUGGUGGUAAUGAGAAGAGGGCCAACAUAGAUGUAGUUGUUGAAGAACAUCAAGAUGAAGAAAUGCUCCCCAUUAAUACUCCUGAAAAGUUUGAAUGUGCAAUCUGCCUGCACCCUUGCGAAUAUCCCGUGCAGCUUCCGUGCAAACAUAUUUUCUGCUUCCUGUGCAUGAAAGGGUCUGCAAAACAAAGCCAGCGCUGUGCUCUGUGUCGGCAAGAAAUUCCUGACAGUUGUUUCUUGAACCCUCCCCUGUUGAAUGAGGAACAACUUGAAAAGACUGUCACCUUUGACAAAAACUACCAAUGGUUCUAUGAGGGUCGCAAUGGCUGGUGGCAGUAUGAUGAACGAACGAGCAGAGAGAUGGAGCAGCGCUACAAGACCAACGAGACCAGCUUUGAUUUACUAAUUGCUGGCUACGUCUACACAAUAGACUUUGAGAAAAACAUCCAAUACAGGCAAGACAAUCCUAUGAAGAGACGUCAGAUCAAAAGAGACUUUGUUAACAUACCUGAAAAGAAGGGCAUUGCUGGCAUAAAGCUAAACCAGAGUUCACAAGGACGUCCUGGGCCAUUGGGUGGUGAGAUCCCAUCUAUGGUGUCGAGGUUAGAUUCAAAUGCUUGUGAUGACAGUGUCAUGUCACCUCCUGCCCCUAACAACACUCCACAAAGUCCUGCCAAUAGCCCAUUACAUUCUACAUUUUCUUCUGAACAAGACCUUUCUUUACACUUAGAGAAUCUACAACUAACUGAGUCCCACUCAACGUAGCAACUACAUCAAGCUAUUCUAAAGCAACCAUUUGCUGAAAGAAUAGGAAAUUUAACCCUUUUGGUAGUAACCUACCUGAUACUGCCCUUCUAAGUUUUAUGAAACAAAUUCACUGUUAUUAAACUAAUCUAAAUGAAAUCUUCCAUCAAAAUUUCAAGUUAAUUUAUGUUCCAAACACCAAAUUAAUAGUGAUAAAGUUAUUUUAAUUGAAAUAAGGGCACUGUAUAACCACAUAAAUAUGGCAACAAAAGGGUUUACUAAUUCUUCUUCUUAUUCUAAUCUUUUCUUUUCCUUAAAAUUUUUAAUAACAUUUUCUAUUUUUAUUGUUUGAGAAAGAGAGAGAGAAAGAGAGAAAGUGAAAAAAACAACAAUCAACAAGCAAUCAAUGUGUAUUGCAAUUUCUUAUAAGAAUUGGCAGGCUGAGGAGACAAGGAACUGUUUACUUGUUGGAAUUGAGGAAAAAAAAAAUACAAAAAAAUAUUUCUUAUAGUUUUGUUUGUUUUUCUUUAUCUUUCUACAUUCUCACCUUUAAAUCUGUCCAAGUUGUUAAUCUUAUUCUUUGCUCACAUCCCUAUUAUAUAACAUGUAAU